AUGAAGAUGAGCUGCUCCAAGGAAUGUGACAAGAAGGAGAAGCCUAUUUUGUCUUUUUCUAUAGAAGCAAUCUUAAAAAACCCAUCUACUGAGGCUUACCUCUACAAUAAGGUGACCUGCAAUAGCCAAUCUGAAGUGGCUAAAACGUUCCGUUCUAAGCCACUUUUGGAGAGGUAUAAAGAUGACAAGAAAAUAAAGCGUAGAAUUAGGACCACAUUCACAGCAGAGCAGCUCAAGGAAUUGGAGAGAAUUUUUCAAGCUACACACUAUCCAGAUAUCAACAUCCGCAACCAGCUGGCAGCCAAAAUUAAUCUUCCAGAAACCAGAAUCCAGAUUUGGUUCCAGAAUCAACGAGCAAAGUGGAGGAAACGUGAACGAUUUAGCACUUUUGCAGGCCUGAAGCAUCAGACUGAAGCUGGCUUUGUUUCGGUUCCAAAACCAAAGGUAAGUGACCUUUCCAUGAUGCCCAGCAACAGCCUUUCUGGUAUCACCCCUCCUUCAGGCUACUAUUACACACUGAUCCAAGAGCAUUCCAUGUGCACCUAACUAUUAGACCUGCUGUUUUGGCCCCAUUGCCCAUGGACUCUUUGGCAUUUUCAAAAUCAUCUCUAAUUAUUGACUGUCUUCCUCCUUAUACUCUUCACCCUCUGUUCCUGAAACCAGCAAAGGGGUGUAGUACUAUCAGUUUCACUAAACAGAGGAUGAAGUGUAAACAUCUUUGAAGCAAUGUCUGGUUCUUCUAAACCAAGGGUGUUGAACUGGCAGCCCAUGGACCAGAUGCAUCAUGCACAGGCCACGUCAACCCCAGCUGCACGAAGGGGAAAAUGUUGCAAUAUGUCAUGAGAUAGCAAUGUGACAUGGCAGGUUUGACACCCAUGUUCUAAACAGAUGCUUUCACUGAACCAGUAUU